AUGGUACCUCCUAUCGGCGUAGUAAACCUCAAAAAAUAUAAUGAAGAGCAAGCGCGGUUAAUGGAAGAAAUGUGUAUUCUCGUUAAUGAGAAUGACACGAAAAUUGGAGCAGACACAAAAAAGACGUGUCACCUAAUGGAGAAUAUUAAUAAGGGUUUACUACACCGAGCAUUCUCUGUGUUCCUGUUUAACUCUGAAAAUGAACUCUUGUUACAACAACGCUCUACUGAUAAAAUAACAUUUCCCGACUUAUGGACAAAUACUUGUUGUUCUCACCCUUUGAAUACUACACUUGAGCUUGAAGAAGAGAAACAAAUAGGUGUGCGUAGAGCUGCUCAGCGUAAAUUAGAGCACGAAUUAGGGAUAAAGUCAUCACAAGUGCCACUUGACGAGUUUAAAUUUCUAACAAAGAUUCAUUAUUUGGCGCCUUCUGAUGGUGUUUGGGGAGAACAUGAAGUCGAUUACAUUUUAAUUAUCCGUGCUAACGUCGACUUGAACAUCAACGUGAAUGAAGUUAAAGCCGUCGAAUGGCUCUCUAUUGAUGAGCUUCGGCGUCGAUUUGAAAAUCCGGGAGAUUGGAAAUUCACACCCUGGUUCAAACUCAUUUCUGAGAACUUUUUGUUCAAGUGGUGGGAGGAUCUCGAUAACCUAGACAUUAAAAGUGAUUCACAAAAAAUAUAUAAACUAGGGAUUUAA